GGAAAAUAUGGCUUUCGUCACCGAUGAGGAAGGGUAUGAAUUUUAUCAAAAAUAUGCAAGAUUAGCAGGUUUUGGUAUUACCAAGCUCAAGCGGAAGCCGAUGUCGCGUCUGUAUGCAUGCUCCCGGGGAGGUGCCAGUACAUUUUACAAGCCUGGGGAGGAACGCAAACGUGCGAAAAUGUCCAAGAAGGUUAACUGUGGGGCAGCUGUUAAAAUCAAGAAAAGGGGGAAAGAAUGGAUAUAUGAGAAAGUGAUGUUGGAGCACAAUCAUACUCUGAAUCCUAAUCCAUCUGAAUUGAAGCACAUGUAUUCACAUAAGAACAAAGAUCCUCUUAUCAUGGAGGUUGUUGAUGAUCUGCAGACCUGUGACGUCUCUCCUAAUACAACAAUGAAUGUGUUGACCCAUUUUCAUGGCAACUAUGAGGUCAUGCCAAUGAAUGAUCAUGACUUGCGAAAUAGAAGAGCAGCCAAUGUACUUAAGAAGCGAGCUGAUGAUGUAAAAAAACUUAGGGCCUUCUUCAAUGAGUUCAAAGCAUAUAACAGUAAAUUCUAUUAUGAUAUAGAGGAUGACUCUGAGGGUGUUACGAAGAAUAUAUUCUAGAGUCAUGCUAGCUGCCAGGCAAACUAUGCUGAGUUUGGUGAUGUGGUUACUUUUGAUACAACAUAUAAGUGUAAUUUUUACAAAAUGCCGUUGGCGAUGUUUGUUGGGAGCAACCACCACUUGCAGAAUGUCAUUUUUCGGUUUGCACUCCUCCGUGACGAGACAGAGGAAACAUUUAAAUGGGCUUUCCAGACUUUCAAAACAUGCAUGGGAGACAAGGAACCUCAUUGCAUACUUACCGAUCAAGAUGUAGCAAUGGAAAACGCUCUUCCGCACGUGUUUCCAAACACGUUGCAUACGCUAUGCAGAUGGCAUGUAUGGGAAAGGCACAAAGUUGACUUGAAGCCACUGUUUGACUUGCAUGAUGGUUUGAAAGAUAAGCUACUAACAACAAUAAAUCACCCACUUACCCCUCUAGAGUUUGAGUCUGCAUGGAAGGAUAUGGUGAAUGAAUAUGGCCUUGAGUCAGAUCCUACGAGCAACAGUUUGUAUGAUCAGCGUGCACGUAGGAUUGCGGCAUACUUCAAAGCUGUUUACUGUGGGAGAAUGACGUCUACGCAGCGCAGUGAAAGCAUGAACAGACUUGUGAAAAGACAUCAUGUUAACACUACGACACCUUUGCAUGAGUUUGCACGAAAAAUGUACCUAGUCUUGCAAAAGAGAAAAGAAGCAGAAGGCCGAGAGACCAUUGCAUGUCAGGCACGCCCAGCAACAAUAACAAACUACCCUCUGGAAAAUCAGUUGAGCAGGAUCUAUACCCGUGCCGUAUUCAACAAAUACAAAGAUGCAUAUGUUUAUGGAACAUCUUUCCUUACAAAGAAAGUGGAUGUUGGUCGUUUCCUUGUGGUCUAUGGUAGAGAUGGCCCGUCUUUUUCUUGGUCCCAACAUGAGUUCAAAGUGGUUUGUGAUGAAGAAAAAGAAGACUACAGAUGUGAGUGCAUGCAGUGGGAGCACACAGGAUUGUUAUGCCCACACCUUAUUAUAGUGAUGACAAAUGAGCAGAUUCAGAGGCUUCCUAGCAAGUAUGUGCUAAGAAGAUACACAAGGAAUGCACGGAUUGACCCUCCUUACGACAGGAAUGACACUCUCCAAGUUGGAGCCGAUGGGACGCUAGUUAGCGUGACGCACUUUAAUAUGCUCAGGGAGGCUUUUGCCUGUGUUAGAGCAGGUGACAGAUCAACAAUUGCAUCUGUAAGAGUCAUGAAUGUGUUGAAGGAACUUAUGGCGCAGGUCGAGGAUCUGCCUGCUGAUGUAAUGCCCGUGUUUGAUGAAGGAGGUUGCAGUGCUCCAGCUGACCGUGAGAUGAUUAGUUUUAAAGCCCCGCCACUAUCAAAAACAAAGGGCUCUAGAUCAGAAGAAGGAGAAAGACAUAUCGGCGCACGCGGGCCAAAGAAGUGCACAAGAAGAUGCAGCAAAUGUGGCCUUAUGGGCGGUCACAACAAGGCGUCAUGCACCAACAAACAACAAAGCAUUGCGACUGGUGGUACCAAAGGAGGCAGGGGGGGGACGGGCUGGGGGAGGGGAAGGGGAAGGGGAACUACAACUCGGCGCCGUUUAAUAGAUGAGCUGGAAGAAGAUGAAGAUGAUGUGGUAGAUGGUGAAUCAUCUUGCGGAAUAGAUGAUAGAGAUUAG